AUGUCCGUCGCCUGGACCCCCCUACGCCUGAAGAUUGAGGAGGAGAACGUCGAGCAGCAGUGGGGCUCCAGCGCCAACACCCGCACGUCUAGUUCGAGACCGGCCUCGCACAAGUCUGCCCGCUCGUCGCGCUCAGCCCGCUCCCACCAAUCCAGUCGAACCACAGAGCAGACGCCGCUGCUGUCGCAACAAGACCGAGAUGACCACGAAAGACCAGAUGAAGACGAGACGACACCCGCGACACGUUCGUUGCUGCGAUCGUUGAGCGCCGGCUCAGACAAGAGUGGCAGUGGCAAAGUCCCGCUGUGGAGGAAGCGAUGGCCGAGCAUACUGGCUCUCGUCCUGCUAUGUCUGCUCGUUGUCUUCAUCAUGCUCGGCUUCCUUGCCAAGGAAAGCAUCGAAGAGUACUCCAUGCAGGCAGCCGACUUCAAGCCCACCAAGCUCUCCAUGGACGGGUUGACGGAGCAUGGCGCCAAGGUGCACAUACAAGGAGACUUUACAAUGAACGCGAGCAAAGUGAAGAAACAGAGCGCGCGCAAUCUCGGCCGCUUCGGCACAUGGAUUGCAAAGGAGGCUGAGACUGGGCCCUUUGAUGCCGACGUCUACUUGCCCGAGUACGGCAACGUCUUGAUUGGCACGGCCAAGAUACCUGCAAUCAAAGUGAACAUCAGGAACGGGCACACGACGCAUGUGUCAUUUAUUGCGACUGUACAACCCGGGUCCCCCGACGGUAUUCGCAAUGUCGCCAACGACUGGAUCGAUGGUCGACUAGGGCAGAUACGGCUCAAGGGCAAGGCUGAAGUUCCUUUGAAGUCGGGAUUGAUCAAUAUUGGCAAGCAGCUCGUUGAGCAGUCCAUGGUCUUCCAGGGAGGCGAUAUUCCAACACUUCCUCAUUACAACAUCACAAAGCUCAACCUUGGCAAGGCUAAGCAUGGUCAGAAGGGACUUGGCGCCGACGCCUCCGUCGUCGUGCAAAACGACUUCCCUGUCCAGAUCACGCUGCCUCCAGUGGCUGUCGAUGUUGGCAUUGAGGGCUGCUCAGCAUCCGACAAGCACAUCAUGCUUGGAACUGCUCAAACUGAUCAACUUGAGAUCAAACCCAACUCAGACGUCAAGGUCGAUGUCACCGGCAUUGUCGACAAGCUCUCAGAUCCAUUGACCCAAGUCUGCCCCAACUCGGCCAAGUCUCCGCUUGACGCUUUCUUGGGCGACUACAUGAAGGGCCAAGACGCGACUAUCUACAUCAACUGCUGCAAGUUCCCUGACCCAGCUACACCCGACUGGGCUCGUGAGCUGCUCAAGGACAUUACCGUCCCAGUUCCCUUCGCCGGAAAGUCCAUGGGAAACAUGAUCAAGAACUUCUCUCUAGCCGACAUGCACUUCAGUCUGCCCAACCCAUUUGCUGAACCUGGCACACCUGGAGCUCGUCCCAAGAUUUCUGGUAUUGUCAAUGUCGAUAUCGGACUACCGCAUGAGAUGAACUUCCCCGUCGAUGUCACUCAAGUCAAAGCCGAUGCUGACAUCUACUACCACAAGAAGAAGCUUGGAAAAAUGAACUUGGAAAAGUGGCAAAAGGCAAACUCCACUCGUGUUGAAGGACAUGGCUCAGAUGGGCCGUCUCUCCUCGUUCAGUCCGUCAUCAAGGACGCACCCAUCGAAAUCCUCGACGACGACCUCUUUAGUGAAGUCGUGCAGGCUCUGCUUUUCGGCGGCAAAUCGGUUUUGAUGGAUCUCAAGGCUGCAGUCAGCAUUGGCGUGGAUACGCCCAUGGGCAAACUCGCAGUGCGAGGAAUUCCGGCGCAAGGUGUCGUACCAGUCAAACCAAUUGGCCACGGAAAAGACACUCAACCCGGCGAUGGUGAAGAUGAGGCGAGCAAAAUCAAUGUGCAGGUCGGCAAUCUGUCCAUCUCAGACACUUCGCCUACCUCUCUUACGAUCACGGCCCUGGUCAACUUUACAAACCCUUCAAAAUACUCCGCAACGGUCCCCUACUUCAACAUCAACAUUUUGGCCAACGGCUCCCACAUCGGCAGUGCAACGGUUAAAGAUAUGGAAGUCUCUCCUGGUAACAACACAAACAAGCUCGCAUCCGUUCUUUGGGAUCCUUAUACGUAUGGUGGCGAAGAGGGAAAGAAGAUCGGUGCAGAACUACUCUCCCAGUACAUCUCUGGCUACAACACCACUAUAACUGUCCAAGCCCAUGAGAAUUCUGUCCCAUCUGUCCCCUAUAUUGGCCGCCUACUCUCGCAAUUUCCAAUCGAACGCCCUAUGCCGCACAUGUCAACACCGAAGAAGCCAUGUGAUGAUGAUGAUGACUGUGGCGACCCCGAAGAUGAUGGCAGAUCCCACUUUAUCCGCGGUACCACCAUGCAUCUCAUCACCAGCACAGCCGUCUUCACUCUUGCGUCGCCUUUCCGUGCUACAACCAUGUACAUAACUAGCAUGGACGCGACGGCCUAUUAUGAAGGUCAUACAGCCGGUAAAAUCAUCUACGACCUCCCUUUCGCUGUACCUCCCGGCCUCUCCGAAUCUCCGCGCUUACCCGUCGACUGGUCGUUUGGUAGCCUCGGAUACGAGGCUAUUAAGAGAGCACUUGGUGGACAACUAAAGCUUAGCGCUUUCGCGUAUGUGGGCGUCCGCAUCGGAGAAUGGCGAGAGAACAUUUGGUUUCAAGGUGGCAAAAUUGGAGCAAACGUCCGUCUUUGA